CCGCCGGGCCCCGCGCCCUCCGCGCCCCGCGCCGCGCGAUGUGCGGGGCUGCGCUCUGAUCCCGCCGCCGCCGCCGCGAUGAUCCCCCCGGAGCCGGCGCCGCAGCCGCCGCAGCCGCCGCUGCCGGCCCUGCCCAGCCAUGUGGUGACCACCAUCGAGCACCUGCCGGCCGAGGCCGGCCUGUCCGCCUCCGCCCGGGCCGGCGUGCGCCAGCGGCUCCGCAAAGUGCUGAACAGGGAGAUGUUAAUCUCCGUGGCUCUAGGCCAGGUGUUAUCCCUCCUCAUUUGCGGAAUUGGCUUGACCAGCAAGUACUUGUCCGAAGAUUUCCAUGCCAACACACCAGUCUUCCAGAGUUUCCUCAAUUACAUUCUGCUCUUCUUGGUCUAUACCACCACACUGGCUGUCAGACAAGGAGAAGAAAACCUCCUGGCAAUUUUACGACGAAGAUGGUGGAAGUAUAUGAUGCUGGGACUCAUAGACCUCGAGGCAAAUUACCUGGUGGUCAAGGCCUACCAGUACACGACUCUGACCAGUAUCCAGCUCCUGGACUGCUUUGUGAUCCCGGUGGUGAUUUUACUCUCCUGGUUCUUUCUGCUGAUCCGGUACAAGGCUGUGCAUUUCAUCGGCAUCGUGGUCUGCAUCCUGGGGAUGGGCUGCAUGGUGGGAGCGGACGUGCUUGUGGGAAGGCAUCAGGGAGCAGGGGAAAAUAAGUUGGUAGGGGACCUUCUGGUCUUAGCAGGAGCCACACUCUAUGGUAUCUCUAACGUCUGGGAAGAGUACAUCAUCCGAACCCUGAGCCGAGUGGAAUUCCUGGGCAUGAUUGGACUCUUCGGGGCAUUUUUCAGUGGAAUUCAAUUAGCCAUCAUGGAGCACAAGGAGCUGCUGAAGGUGCCCUGGGACUGGCAAAUAGGCCUGCUCUACGUCGGCUUCAGCGCCUGCAUGUUUGGCCUCUACAGCUUCAUGCCGAUCGUCAUAAAGAAAACCAGCGCCACUUCGGUCAACCUCUCGCUGCUCACGGCAGAUCUGUACAGCCUGUUCUGUGGGCUGUUUCUCUUCCACUACAAGUUUUCAGGCCUUUACCUCCUGUCCUUCUUCACCAUCCUCAUCGGGCUGGUGCUCUACUCCUCCACCUCCACGUACGUAGCCCAGGACCCGCGGGUGUACAAGCAGUUCCGCAACCCUUCGGGACCUGUCGUGGACUUACCGGCCACAGCUCAGGUGGAGCCGUCGGUCACCUACACCAGCCUGGGCCAGGAGACCGAAGAGGAGCCCCACGUCCGUGUGGCCUAGGCUGAGGCCCGCCCCCCGCCCACUGAGCACGACUCAGUGGCCACGUUUUCGCCCAUCAUCUCUGUAUUGUACAUAGAGAAAGGUAUUUAUUAGGUGCAGUUUACACGGGUGGACUGCAAGGUAGCAAAUCCAAAAGCCUAAACAUCAAAGGCACAACCUAGCAAGCAUCACUGGAGACAGGCUCUGACCCACCUGACUUGGAAAGAUGCCCCGCUUGUGUGUAUCCUGGCCACACCGCCCCUGCAUUCAGUACUGUGAACAUUUUUGAAUCAAAAGCAACUGUUAUUGUUAUCACUCGGAUUAGUAUCGUUGCUCUUAUGACACCUAGUUUCAGGAGGAUGUUUUGUACUCUUGAGGGAACCUAUUGCCAGACCACUCACAUGUAGUUUACAUAAAUCCCACUUUUCUAGAGCAAGCCACUUUUUAAGAAUCAUGCUUCAUGGUGUGUGCACUGUCUAUGAGUGCUGCCAGCCACAGGAGCCCCGCCCUGAGCAGUGUCACUGUCCUGCAGACCUGGUGGCUCACGGCUUCCCCUGUUCCCUUUGGAUUGUUCUGCUCAAUACGUAUUUCUUGCUGUGACCCUUGUGGGGAGGGGCGACUGACCAUAUACUUCUCUAUUCUAGGAAUAGAUAUCGCCUUUUUCUAUUUUGAUCUCUGAUUAUUCCCGGCCAUCGUCUUUCUGUUGUGCCACCUUAGAUAAUGCCAAUCAAGUCUCUGAAGUAUCAGGAUAAGGAAUGUUUCAUUUCUGUGGCUUAUGGGAAAAACCGGGAGUAAUAUAAUAUAUGUUUAGGGGAAUAUAUGUUUUUUAAAAUCCUGCUGCUUCUUCUUAUAUCCUCUCUUCGAAAAAAAAAAAUAGAUUUGCUUUUCUUCCCCGCCCCCUCCUCCCCAGAUUAUCUUUAGUGAUAUGGAAAUUAACCAAGGUGUUGGCGAAAGCCUUUUAAUUGGGUGACACUCCUUCUGAAAUACACAGGCAUGCAGCUACCUUUAUGGUGGCCUCCAGACAAAGUCGAGGUGCUGAUGUGAAGCAUUCUCUGACCAAGCUCGACUCAUCUGGCCACUUUGUGGUGGUAGAGAUGUCAACGAUGAGAAAGUCUGGCAUGCUGGUCGUAUUUGGCAUCCAUUCAUGAGCAGAAUAUAUCGACACAGCAUUCUUACGGAGACAGAGAAUAUGACAAGGUCCUGAUAAGGCUCUGAGGGAUAUGUCACUCCUCUAAUUCUGUUCAAAGGGCCCUUAAAACAGCCCUUUUCCAAACACAGGAAAUAAGAACCACCGGCACAUCUCUGUGAUUUAGAGAUAGAUCUUAUGUGUCAGCAUGGGAAAUGGUCUUUACGUCUGGCUGGCUUCACUAUCAUUCAGAAAGAUCCUUGAUUAAGUGACAGGGUUGGUAAAGGAAAAGUAAAUGCUUAUAAAGCUUUGGGCAAGUAAAAUCAAUGAAUCUUAAGCAAGUAAAGCAAAACACCAGAGGGGUCUCUGAACGACAGAAGGACAGAUUGCAGCUUAGUCGGGAUUCCCAUGUAGCCUGAGCGAGGCCUCCUUAGGAAGGCAAAAGCACUCCAUGCUGUCAGUCAGCAGUCACAUGGCCCCUCUGCCUGCCUUCUCCUCUGGGCAUGGGUAGUCCAGCCCUUGCAAAUGGAGAAGAAAAAGUACCUUUUCUGAUAUGCAGAUUGUAAGCUCAUCUGUGUUCAGCCCCUUUAGAAACAUGUUUUAUUUUCUCUGGGGGG